AUGUCUUCCGAGAAGGCUGUAGAGGCGCAGGCGGCUGAGCGAGUCCGCUGGGGCGACGAGGAGCAAGCCCGCGGUCGUCGCGACUCCCGCUCGCGUCCGCAGAGCCGGAGCGGCUCGCGAGAGUCCCUGGCGAUCCGCAGCAUUCACUCCAGGGGCCAGGUCGACCCUUCGCUGACGCUACCCAUUCAGUACCGCACGGUCUCCUUCCAGAUCGAGGAAUCCAAGGCCAAGGACCGAGUUGAAGCCAUCAAAGCAGCCAGCUCCGCUGCCAAGGACCUGAGUGAUCUUGAGUGGCACACAAUCACCCCUGAGGAGGUGGCCAAGCGGCUCACGACCACUCCGUCCUUUGGCCUUUCCCGUGACCAGGUCCAGCGUAGGCAGCAGGAGUACGGCAGGAACGCGCCGUCGCCACCCAAGACAAACCGCGCCUGGACCAUCUUUGGCUACUUUUUCAAGGGCUUCGGUGGCAUUCUUCUCGUGGGCAGUAUUCUCGUGUUCGUGUCAUGGAAGCCACUCGGCGAGCCUGCGCCAGCUCUGGCCAACCUGGCUCUGGCUAUCGUCCUCCUCGCCGUCUUCUUCAUCCAGGCCGCUUUUGCCAUGUUCCAGGACUGGUCCACCUCCCGCGUAAUGGCGUCCAUCAAGGACAUGCUCCCCGAGCAGUGCCAGGUCAUCCGAGACAACAACGUCGUCAGCGUCCCUGCCGAAGAGCUUGUUCCGGGUGAUGUCGUGCAUAUCAAAUCUGGAAACAAGCUCCCGGCCGACGUUCGAUUUAUUCAAAUUUCCUCGGACGCCAAGUUUGACCGCUCGGUGCUCACGGGAGAAUCGCGACCUGUGCCGGCCACAGUCAAGAAUACCGAUGUGAACUAUCUGGAGACGCACAAUAUCGGCCUUCAGGGCACGCACUGCAUCAUCGGCUCCGGUGUCGGUAUCGUUGUGGCCACUGGCGACCGCACGGUUUUCGGCCGCAUCGCUGUGCUCACGAGCGAGCCCAAGACCAAGAUGACGACCUUGGAGCGGGAGGUCCUGUACUUUGUUCUCUUCAUCUGCGCCAUCAUGUUCACCAUGAUUGUUGUGGUCCUGAUCGUUUGGGGCGCUUGGCUGCGUCGUGACCACCCCGAUUUCAUCUCCGUGUCCGCACUCAUCGUGAGCUGUGUCAGUGUCGCCGUCGCAUUCAUCCCCGAGGGUCUUCCUAUUGCCAUUACUGCCGGCCUCACCAUCACCGCCAACAUGAUGAAGAAGAACAUGAUUCUCUGCAAGUCCCUCAAGACCGUCGAGACGCUUGGCUCCGUCUCCGUCAUCUGCUCUGACAAGACGGGAACACUCACCCAGGGCAAAAUGACCCUGACGGACUGCUCGAUCGGGACCAACAACAUGACCGUAAAGGAUCUUCAGGAGAAGAUGGCGUCGAGUGAGAAGGCUGGCGCGCUCGGCCCCUUUGGCCAGCUUGGCGCGCUUGCCGCUCUCUGCAACGCCGCUGAGCUGGACGCCGCUCAGGCUGACGUCUCCAUCGACAAGAGAAACAUCUUUGGCGAUGCGACGGAUACUGCGGUGCUGCGCUUCUCUGAGUCGCUGUCCGCCGGCAACGUCGGCUACUUCCGCGGCUGCUGGCAGCGUGUGUUUGAGCUCGCCUUCAACAGCAAGAACAAGUUCAUGAUUCGAUGCUUCAACAUUUCUCGCAGGGAGGCGCUCCAGAACACUCUACACGCUGAUGCAGCGGCCAGCUUCAGCGACUCUGAUCUGCUUUUGACCAUGAAGGGUGCCCCUGACGUUCUCCUUGGCCGGUGCACGCAAUAUCUCACUCCUUCUGGUGUGCUUGCCGACAUUGACGAGCACGUGGCGGCGACUCUCGAGCAUGUCAAGAACAUCUACUCCUCUCAGGGCAAGCGAUGCCUGCUGCUGGCGAGGAAGGUCAUCCCGGCCGACAUGGUCAAGGCAGUUCCGGAGACGGUCGAGUAUGAGCAGGAGAUGAUGGUGCAUGCCAAGACCGGCCUGACCCUCGUUGGCUUGGUUGCUAUCGUCGACCCCCUGCGCCCUGAGAUUCGUGACGUCGUUUCCACGCUUCGUGGAGCUGGCAUCCGUAUCGCCAUGGUCACGGGUGACUUUGCCCUGACUGCGCUGGCCAUCUCUCGGGAGGCCGGCAUCGUCACCUGCGUAAAUGUCGACGGCGUUGCCAACCUCGAGCGAUACUCCGACACCGGCUCCGGCUCCGGCUCCGAUGAGGCCGACGAGCUCAAGGACAAGUCUUCGCCAUUCACUCGGGGCGCCAUCGUCAUCAGCGGGCCUGAGCUCACGACUCUCAACGAGAACCAGUGGCGCCUGCUGACCGAGUACGAGGAGAUUGUCUUUGCGCGCACGACUCCUGAGCAGAAGCUUCGCAUCGUGCGUGAGUUCCAGAACAACAACGUCGUGGCUAUGACUGGUGAUGGUGUCAACGAUGCGCCGUCGCUGAAGGCCGCCGAUGUGGGUAUCUCGAUGGGCAGCGGGUCAGACAUUGCCAUGGAGGCGGCCGACAUGGUGCUCCUGGACACGUUCUCGUCGGUCGUCAUCGCGGUGCAGUACGGCCGUGUGGUUUUCGACAACUUGAAGAAGGUCAUUGCCUACCUGCUUCCCGCUGGAAGUUUCUCAGAGUUCUGGCCCGUCAUCACCAACGUUGUCUUUGGUCUUCCCCAGAUUCUGUCUUCUUUCCUCAUGAUCGUCAUCUGCUGCUUCACUGACUGCGCUGCCGCCACCGUUCUGUCCUUCGAGAAGCCCGAGGCCGACGUCCUCCUGCGCCGCCCCCGCAACGUCAAGAAGGACCGCCUCGUCAACUGGCAGCUGAUCUUCCAGGCGUACGGCAUCAUCGGCAUGACCGAGACCAUCACCUCGUUCGCCAUGUCGUACUGGUACCUGCAGCGCAGCGGCAUCCUCUUCAAGGACUUGUGGUUCGGCUUCGGUGUCGUCCCCAGCUACGUCGACCCGGACUACUACAACCAGAAGCUCACCGAGGCGUCGUCCAUUUACUUUGUCAACCUGGUGGUCAUGCAGUGGUUCAACCUCAUGGCGACGCGCACUCGCCGCCUCAGCAUCUUCCAGCACCCGCCGCUGUUCAACAAGGAGACGCAGAACCUGUACCUGUUCCCGUCGAUCCUGUUCGCGCUGGUCAUGGCGUUCCUGUGGCUGUACCCGCCCGCCAUCCAAGAGGUUAUUGUCACUUCGGCGGUGCCCGUCGAGUACUGGUUCCUGCCGUUUGCUUUUGGUAUCUACAUUAUCCUGAUUGAUGAGGCGAGAAGAUUCUGGGUGAGGAAAUACCCCAAGGGCUGGGUCGCCAGAGCGGCUUGGUAG